AUGAUAGCGUUUAUACAAAUGCUAUCUAACCCAUAUGAUAGCGUUUUCCGUCUGCUAUCAAUUCCCAUAUUUCUUGUAGUGGCAAAGUCCGUAGCCCUUGCAGUACCUUUACGGGUUGCCAAACCGUUUGGUAAUCCAUUACCGGCAUUUGACGAACCACCUCGGGUAUCCGCUUGGGUUAAUCUGGUAAAGGGUACUUCCUUGGCCUACCCCUCUUCUGCUUGGGUUAAACCCGCUCCCUCCCGUCCAACCAACCAACCGGGAACCUGA